UGCUGUCUUAGAAGAGCGGUGUCCCAGAUAGUCUCGCUGGAGGCGGUGUGAGCUGCGUACUGACUACCGUGAGAUCAAGAAGAAGACCUAACUGCUAUGUGAGAAAAUGCCGACUUCAGUCUCUCCCUGGGUGGUCUUCACGCUGCUGUGGCUGACUCCACGGGUUGUGACUCCUGUCAGGAGACAAUACGAAACUGCAACCGAAUCUGUGAUUUCUCUGACUCCUCCAUGGACCACUUUCUUUCAAGGAGAGACAGUGACUCUGAAGUGCUAUAGAUAUGGCUUCAAGUUACCCCAGAAAGCAAAAUGGUACCGGAAUGGCAAAGCAUUAGGAGAAACCAAAGUUCACGCCGUAAAGGUCUCUACGUCUGGAAAGUACCAAUGCCAAGCCGAUGACUUACAUCUAAGCAUCUCUGUGCACUUACACUUUUAUAAAGGUCCACUGGUCCUGCGAGCUCCACCUGAGGUGUUUGAAGGAGAUCCUGUGGUUCUGAGAUGCCACGCAAAGGAAAAUAAAACACAAAAGACCUUGACAUUUUACAAGAAUGGCACUCGGAUAUCAUCUGGUCAACGUUCUGAGAUCCUUACUCAUCAUGCAAAUCAGAGGGACAAUGGUGAAUACCACUGCAGUGAGGAGUGGUAUUGGAGCAGCACUUCUUCCAAUUCUAUCAGAAUCCAAGUUCAAGAGUUAUUCCCACAUCCUGUGCUGAGAGCCACACCCUCUCAACCCGUAGAUGGAAGCCCAGUGACCCUGAUCUGUCAGACUCGGCUCCCCGCACAGAAGUCAAAUGUCCAGCUCCAGUUCUGUUUCUUCAGAAACUUCCAGGCUCAGGCUCUGGGGUUAGGCUGCAGCAACUCCUCAGAGCUGCACAUUCCUGCCAUAUGGACUGAAGAUUCAAUGUCGUACUGGUGCACGACAGAAGCAAUGGAUGCCCAAGUAAAAAAAGGAAGCCUGGCAAUUAAAAUUCCUGUGCAGAGGGCUUCUGCGGACUUCCAAAUACACAGUGUCCCAGCCUUGACGUCGGUGUUUGAAGGACAGUUGCUGUUAUUCAACUGCUCAGUAAAAGGGGUCCCAGGGCCCAUCAGAUUUUCCUGGUACAAAGGGGACAAGCUGAAUAAAGAAACAAAGACUCCUAAGUCCUCAGAAGCAGAAUUCAAGAUCUCCGCAGUGAACAGCAGUGACGCGGGGGAUUAUUACUGUGAAGCCAACAACGGUCGCCGAAGUUUUGUCAGCAAAGCAGUGCCCGUGACCAUAAAAGUCCCAGUGUCCCAGCCUGUCCUCACCCUAAGCACUGGCAAGACCCGGGCCCUUGAGGGAGAUUUGAUGACACUUCACUGUAGAUCCCAGAGGGGUUCUCCACAUAUCCGGUAUGAGUUCUAUUAUGAGGAUGUCUUCCUGGAGAUCAACUCUACACUUUCUGGAGGAGGAGCAUCCUUCCAUUUCUCUAUGACCACAGAACGUUCUGGAAACUACUACUGCACCGCUGACAAUGGCCUGGGGCCCCAGCGCAGUGAGGCUGUCCGGAUCUCUGUCAUUGUUCCAGUGUCCCGCCCUGUCCUCACACUCAGGGUCCCUGGGGCCCAGGUUGUGGUGGGUGAUGUGAUAGAGCUUCAGUGUGAGACUCUGAGAGGCUCUCCUCCGAUCCUGUACCACUUUUAUCACCACAAUGUCACCCUGGGGAGCAGCUGCCCCUCUGGAGGAAGAGGGUCCUUCAACUUUUCUGUGACGGCAGAACAUUCUGGAAACUUCUUCUGCGAGGCUGACAAUGGCCAGGGACCCCAGCGCAGUGAGACACUGGCUCUGAGUGUCGUAGACACGACCAAGAACAGAAGUGUUACUGUGGCUGCUGGAAUCGCUGGCGGACUGCUCAUCGUGGCUGGCGCAGCUGCUGGAGUACUGUUUUAUCUCUGGUUCUCUAGAAAAGCAGGGGAAAAGCCUGCCUUUGAUGACUCCGGGGACCCUUCCUAUCCAGAAACCCAGGAGCCCACCUAUUACAACGUACCAGCCUGUAUAGAACUACAACCAGUAUACAGCAACGACCCUAAGGAAGAAGUGAUUUACACAGAAGUUCGGAGAACCCAACAGAAUUGUAAUCAUGCAGUUCAGAAGACUGAAAACCGAACACCAAGGUGCCAGAUGGCUGAAUGAAAAAUGAGGACAUGUCUGCUCCAAGUGGCCUCUGAAUUCAGGGUCUCCACAAAUCCAGUGAGUCUUCUGAUGGCUGUGGCUUCUCCUGUGGGCUGCCGGCUCUGCCCUUACCCCGAUGCUGUGUCCUCCAGGGGUCUCCUGUUAUCUACUCUCAGGGGAUGCUGGCAAGCACCCUAGCUGCUGGCUGCAGAAGCUACCCUCCUCAGAACCUCACAGAUGAGUCCACAAAUCUCCCAGCUCCUGCCUCAACUAGUGUACCCCAGCACUCUCCUUGGGGGGAGGGUACACUGCAGUGAGCCUUAAAUGCAUCCAGAAGUCUUUGCACCAAGUGGCCAGGACUUGGGGCCCUACUUGGCUCUCAUCCAUCCCCAGACUAAGUGCUGCACAGGGUGUCUUUUUAAUCUAAUGAUAAGCUGCUCUUGACCUAGGGAAAGUCAUCUCUCCUGCUUCCUCAGUGAGCUUCAGUUUCCAUGGCUGCUGCUGCCUCUCGAUUUGGACUGCUCGACUGUAGCUGGAAGCCAUGCUCUGGAGAUGCAUGGCGUCACCCCGGUGGCCCUCUGUGCUGCUCUGCCAAAUGGGAAGCACCCACUCUUUGGACAAUGGACUCAUGAUGAACUCCUUACAGCAGAGCUGCAUUUUGCAAACUUUUAAUUGUCUGGAACUUAAGGUCCGCACCUGAUAUUAGUGUAACUCCUUUCCUGCACAACAGCUAACCACCCAAGUCAAGUGAAUACCCCAUACCCCAGGCCUUUCCUAACCCGGCAAAAGGAACCCCGCAAAGUCAAGAUCAGGAGCACCGAGGACUGGAUAAUGCGUCUUUGACUGUAGAAAGUACUGUGUAAUCAUGAAUGAACAAGGAGGAAGAAAGCAGCAUUGGAUUCUACAUGCCUCCCAAGAAACUCAGAAGCACGCUGCUCUUUCUUUCCCCUGAGGGGGAAUGAGGGAAAAUCCUGUUCACCAAGAGUUAGGGCUCCAGAUCUCCAUGUGCUCAUGAUCACCCGAGAACCUUCUGGACAUGCAGGUGCUCACUAUCUGGGCCUAGGGAGAGCCCAAGAUUCUGCAUCUCUAAUAAGCUUCCAGGUGGUGCCGAUCCUUUAGUGCAGGGAUCACACUGAGAGCUGAGGUCCCACAGGUCUUGGCAGAGACUAUUGAAGCAGAUCUGGCUACUCCCUGCCAAACUCCACAGGACAUGUUCACAAGGAUCACACUCAAUGCCCUUGCACCAUCCUUUGGCCAAAAGCACUGUGGUGGUUGGAAUAAGAAUGACCCCAAUAGGCUCAUACAUGUGAAUGCUUGGUCAUCAGGGAGUGGCACUACUUGAGUGGGAUCCUAGGAGGUGUGGCCUUUAUUGGAGGAAGGAUGUCACCAGGAGUGGGUUUGGGAGUUUCCAAAGCUCAAGCCAUGCCCAGUGAGUUUCUCCUUCUGCUGCUGGAUAUGGAACUCUCAGCUACUCCACCAGCACCAUGUC